AUUUGAUAACUGUCUCGUCUUCCUUCGAUAAUUUAUCCAUCGACUUCAAAUUGGAAAAAUUGCUUUGUUCAACAUUAAAAGCCCUCAUUAAUGGCUUCUCCCAACCGCGGCUUAUUCACCACCACAAGCCUCUGCCGAUGCCAUUCUCAAAUCUUCUAUAAAAUGUGAAAGUCCUCGUCCGACUCCGAAUCGUUCACUCCGGCCGCGCAAUUUCAUCUUUCUGAUCUCCAUUUCCGAAACCUCUCUCUGUCUCCGUCUCGGCGGUGGAAUCGAUGGACGGCGCCUCCGAUAGCCUAAUUUCCGGUGUGAAAUUUUCGUCAGUGGUUCCGGCGAAGGCGAGCGGCGAGAACAAGGUCCAGGAACUGACGGCAAUGGAUCUCGUGAUGAAGCUUCAUUACAUUAGAGGCGUCUAUUUCUUCAGGCCAAGCGAGGAAAUAAGGAAUUUGACGAUUUACGAUCUUAAGAAACCUAUGUUCCCGCUGCUGGAACUUUAUUUCGUCGUCUCCGGGAGGAUUCGGCGGAGGAUCGAAGCCGGCGGCAAUCGGCCGUUCAUCAAGUGCAACGAUAGUGGAGUGAGGAUCGUGGAAGCCGAUUGCCAGAAAAGUAUCGACGAGUGGCUGUCGAUGGAAGAUGAGAAGUACUCGCAUCGCGAUCACGGCCUGGUUCACAGUCGAGCGCUCGGUCCCGAUCUCGGAUUUUCCCCUUUGGUGUUCAUCCAGCUGACUCGGUUCAAGUGCGGCGGACUCGCCGUGGGACUCAGUUGGGCUCACGUCCUCGGAGACAUAUUCUCGGCCUCCGCCUUCAUCAACGUCUGGGGUCACAUCAUGAACAACCGCCGCCCGGUAUGCCAGCUCCGCACCCACACGCCCACCAUCUGCCGGCCGUCCGGUUCAACCACUCAGACUCGGUCUCCGGUUAAGCGGCUCGACCAGACUGGCGAUCUCUGGAUCGGCUCCAGCGACUGCAAAAUGGCGACGCGGUCGUUUCGAAUCAUGGAGGAGCAGCUGGAGCGAAUCUUGAGCAUCGUCCGCCGAAAUCGAGCAGUCGCCUUCUCGAAUUUCGAAGCUCUUGCUGCGAUUUUCUGGAAAUCUCUGUCCAAAAUACGGCCGGACUCGGAUCUGAAGACGAUCUCGAUCUAUUCGACGAAAUGCCCCAACAGAGAAGGCGAGAUCCCGAUGAACGGAAUGGUGAUGAGCGCCGUCAAAGCCGAUGCGCCGGUCACCGGAGCCGAGGAAGGUGCGUUGGCGGAGCUGAUUCUGGAGAAGAGGAUUGACGAGGGCGGAGAAAUCGAGGAGCUGGUGGAGAAAGAAAUGGAGGAAUCGGACUUCAUAGCGUAUGGAGGAAGAUUAACGUUCGUCGAUUUGGAGGAAGCGAACAUCUACGGCUUGGAAUUGGGAGGACAGAAGCCAGUUCAUGCGAAUUAUGAAAUUGGGGGAGUUGGCGACGACGGCGUCGUUUUGGUGCUUCCAGGGCCACCGCGUGAUGGCGGAGGAUACGGCGGUGGCCGUAAUGUGACGGUGAUCAUUCCGGAGAAACAGCUACCGGCCCUGAUCGAUGAGCUGCAGAAGCAAUGGGCGAUUAUUUGAAAUUGUGGCCGCUCUGUGAAGAGAUUGGUCCAAAUCCACUGGGAGACGGUCCACGGCCAGAGCUGAUGAAGGUGACAUGACAAUAGAACCAUACUAGGAAAUACAUAUUUUUUGAAAAUAAUUAAAUUCCUUUCACUU